UUAAUACGGGGAUAAAACCUAUGACUGUAACCAUCCAUCGCUUAGCGCGAGGCUCUCUCCCACUUGCCCUGCAGGGCUGAGGCACAUCAUCCCCGUCCCGGACAGGACUGGCAAUUUACGUAUAACUUCUUCCCUCAUUCAGGUUUGUUUUCCGUUCUGCUUCCCACUCCAACCUCUCUUUAAGUUGUCGUGCAUUGGGAAUUUGGGAGUCUAUCUUUUCAUGGCAUUCGCUGCUUCUUCCGACAACGCGGUCCUGGUCGACACUGGCCUGGCGGCGUUCCAACUCCAAUGAUCAUGCCGUCCGCUCUGAGUAGCCGCGUGUUGCUGUACAGUUUUCUAGCCGCUUUCCUCGCCUUUCCCGCAGCCUGCCUCAACCAAUUUCCCCCCAGCACGGCAAACCUGACGACAAUCUCUUCCCCCGUCGAUUUCGACAUCAAGAUCUCUUUUAAGGUCCCUGAUGGAGCAUGCAAAACAGCGUUUGACACUCAGCAGCAGUACACUGGCUGGGUCAGUGUCCCGGGCUCGUUCCCGACUAAUAUAUUCUUCUGGUUCGUUGCAGCACGGGAGUCAACUUCGCUGCUCACCAUUUGGCUCAACGGGGGGCCGGGAUCGAGCUCCAUGUUUGGCUUCUUUGCCGAGUCGGGGCCGUGUGAGGUUGUCGAGGCAGGCGCUGAUCGGCUGGAAACGGCUGCGAGGGAAUGGGGCUGGGACAGGGCUUCCAACAUGCUCUUUAUAGACCAGCCCAACCAAGUUGGCUUUUCCUACGAUAUCCCAACAAAUGGGUCCAUGGACCUUGUCCAUGGCGUCACAUCUACGCCUCCGAGUCGUCUUCCUGAGGAUCGCACACUCCCAACCUUCUUGAACGGUACAUUCAGCUCACUCAACGCCAACAACACGGCGAACACUACCGAGGUAGCGGCCAUGGCUAUAUGGCACAUGCUGCAGGGUUUCCUGGGCGCAUUUCCCGAGUACAACCCCCCGAACAACAGCUCUCUUGGUGUUAAUCUGUUUGCUGAGAGCUACGGAGGGAAAUAUGGCCCCGUCUUUGCCGAGACUUGGGAGGAACAGAAUGCUAAGCGUGCGAACGGCAGUCUCAGCGAAUCGACGCUGGACAUCCACCUCGUCGCUCUGGGCAUCGUGAACGGCUGUGUGGAUGACCUGAUCCAGGGGCCGAGCUACGCGACAAUGGCCGUGAACAAUACGUACGGCGUUGAAGUCAUAUCCCCAGUGCGUGCGAACCUCGCCAACGCGACCUUCUACCAACCCAAUGGGUGCAGGGACAAGAUUGUCCAGUGCAGAGAGGCCGCUGCUGAAUUCGACCCGGACAAUAACGGCGAUAUUGAGAGUGUGAACAGCCUCUGCUCCGACGCGACUCAGACUUGCAAUGGCCAGCUCUUGAGCCCCUAUGUCGAUACCGGGCGCAGCGUCUACGACAUCGCGCACAUGACGCCAGACUCAUACCCGCCGAGUUACUAUAUCGACUAUCUCAACAGCCUCGAGGUCCAGGAUGCCAUCGGCUCCGUGGUCAACUACACGGACAGCAGCAACGCGGUACGCAACGCCUUCUCCUCGACCGGCGACUGGGAGCGGGGCCCGAUCGUGCCGAAGCUCGCCGCCCUCAUCAAGAGUGGCGUGCGCGUUGGGCUGAUGUACGGCGACCGUGACUUCAUCUGCAACUGGAUCGGCGGUGAGGCCGUGUCUCUGUCCAUUGCGGCGUCGGUGGGCGAGCCCUACGCCUCGCGCUUCCCGUCGGCCGGCUACGCACCCGUCAUCGUCAACGACAGCUAUAUCGGCGGCGUGGUGCGGCAGUUCGGCAACCUGUCCUUCAGCCGCAUCUACCAGGCCGGCCACUUCGUGCCGGCCUACCAGCCCGAGACAGCGUUCCAGGUCUUCGCCCGCAUCGUCAUGGGCACGAGCAUCUCGACCGGCGAGCCCAUCGCCGUCGACUCGUUCAAUACGACGGGCCCCGCCAAUGCGACCUCGUCGCUGCGCCUGCCCGGCUCGCCCGCCCCGACCUGCUACGUCCGCGCCCUGGGCGCCUCGUGCCCCGACGACGCCGUCUCGAGUAUCCUGCGCGACGAGGGCGUCAUCGUCAACGGCGCGUGGUACCCCGCGUCCAGCGACUGGCCCGGCGCCUCCGCCACGGCGAGCCCCUCGUCGUCGGGCGGUCGGACCGCGAGCGGGAGCGGCGGCGGCGGCGAGGCGUCGCAGACGCUCACGGGCCUGUUCACCGCCACUGCUACCCCCAAGAGUGCGGGAAUGCGGGAAUCCCCUUCGCCGAGAGGCCCGGUUCUUCUGGGCCUCAUCCUUGCUGUGUCCUUGGCUUACAGGUCGUGAGGUCUAGGUGCUGUGGGAGAAGGAUCUCCAAAGGAUUGGCUGCCUCACUCGUUGGCUGCCGCCUGUCACGAUUACGAAUGAGUGAGGAUUUGCUAAUGAGUGGUAAUCGGGCAUGACAGGCGUCUUAAUUUAACGAACCUUGGUUAUGGCAUCGGAGAAGACUGGCAAACCUUGUGUAUAGGACAUUGUAUAUAGUAGGAUAGAUGAGAAAUGGUAAUGUCACACAGAUCAAUGGAUACCUCAGAGUCAAGUUUCAUUGCGA